AUGCUCAGCCCUUCAUGUGAACACGCCCCCCCAACCACCAACUCGCACGGCAAGGAACGGAACGGCUACAAGACCUCUAACUCAAAAUGCAUGGUUGCACAGAAGAACCAAAGUAAUAUGUAUGAACAGAAAUACAUUCCUUCACAACUGGAGGGAAAUGAAAUAUUUCCAUGUUUUACGAAAAUGUUUUAUUUUAUUUUAUUUCUAUAUUUUUUUUUCAUGUUGUAUCGUCUUUUUAGUUUAAAGGAUCCAACGAAAAAAAAAUUCAUCAUUUUUGGAUUACCGUUCUCUGGAAAAACUUCCAUAAUUUACUUCUUCAAGUUGGGCUACCUCAUAACAACGGUGAGAACGCUCUUCAUCAACGAAGAAAGUUUCAGCGUGAAGAUCCAAAAGGACAAAAACAGACUGGGCGAACAGAAUUAUGAAGUGACCUUCUUCGAGGUAGGAACAGAUUGCUCAUACAGCUUAAUAAAAGAAUAUGCGGACGUUUCAAAUGACGUGAUCUACAUUGUCGACAGUGCACACAAAAGUGCCCUAAGUGAGGCCAGAGAAGAAUUCAUCAGAAUCAUAUAUGACUUUCGAUUUGUAUAUAGAAAAUGUAAAUUCUUAAUUUUUAUGAAUAAGCAAGAUGCUAAUGGCUGCCUCCCCUCAGAGGAAAUUAUAAAUUAUUUCGCCCUUCCAAAGGAGUUGCGCUUCAGGUGUAAAUUCUUUGCCUGUAGCACCUUAUCUGGGCAGGGACUAAAAGAGGGCCUAGAAUGGCUGGUGAACACGAACGUUUUUGUUGACAAAAAUAAUGAUGCCGUUGAAAGGAGUGGGGGAACAUUUUACAACUACUAG